AUGUCAUCUCAAAUCCAAAAAAACCUACAAGAAGAAUGUCCAAACAAACCAAUCAAUGCUGCUACUGCUACCUCUGAGGAGGAGGGCACAGUUUUGAGAUUUUAUCCUCAGGAUAUUACCGUUACUCGAAACCAACCUCUCCUCGAAAUGAUAGAGAAAUGUUACGUCCCCCAAGUCUUUAAAGAUGGUCCUCAAGAUGCUGAGAUGAGUAUUGUUGGUGGAAAGAUUAAAAUGUCUCAGAUUGACAAGUUGAUUCCACGUACUCCAGGAUUUGAUAAGUUACAUACCUUCACAGCUGCCAAGUUGACUGCAAAUAUGUGGCGAGACACUGUUAAGGUGUUGAGAAAAACAUUCCCUGACGAUAAAAAGUUGAGUAAGGCAGCUGAAUACUGGGAUAAGAUGCCAAGUGGAACUCUCCAAAUUAGUCCAUAUGGUUUGGAAGACGAAAAGAAUGCCUACUAUUCACGUGGUAAUGGUAGUAUUGAACUAAAGUUUGGUUAUUUCACUGAUGACAAAGGAGAUACAAUUUACACAUGUCAAUCAUCUGACAUUGUUGCUCAUGAAACUGGACAUUAUGUACUGGAUCAUUUGCGUCCAGAAUUCAAUGAUUCUAGAAAUGUGCAAACUGGUGGCCUUCACGAAGCAUUUGGUGAUAUUUCUGCCUUAAGUUUCGUAUUUGCUGAUGAUGCCAUGGCUAGAGCAUUAAUUAAUUUAACAUUUGGUAACCUUCAUGCUUCAGCAAACAACUUCGCUGCUAACUUGGCUGAGGAAUUUGGUAUUUCAUUGGGAAUGCCUGGUUAUCUCCGUAGUGCUGAUGAUGAUUACAAACUUUCUCAGGGUGAGGAAGAGGUCCACUUCGUAUCAGAGGUGUUUACUGGCGCUUAUUAUGAUGCCCUUGCAAGUGCUUUUAAGGCAGCUACUCAAGAAUUCACUGAAUAUAAUUCAGUCACUUUGUUGCAGGCAGUGAGUGAAUAUGCUCGUAACCUCCUACUGCAUGCCAUUGUAACUGUUGGAGGAAAAUCACCAGAUUUUGUUGAUAUUGCCAAUCGAUUGUAUGAGAUUAUUGACCUCCAUAGUCAGAAUGCACCUGCAAAAGUAGCUUAUUUGCAAAAGUUAAAGUGGAAAACUUACUUUGAAACUGAGUUUGAGCGUCGUGAGGUCAGUAAACCUGUUAAUCAAUUACGCUAUGCUGCAAAAAAGAGGGAUAUGGUAGCUGAACAAGUAAGACAAGUAAGACCAGAGAAGGAAAUCUUAACAAUGGUUUGUGGUGCACACACUCUUCAAAAUUAA